UCCUCCUCUUCCUCCUCCCUCUCUUCUCCCCGUGCUCAGUGCCCCAGCGCCUCCUCCUCCUGCUCCUUCUCCUGCUCGCCACUAGUUUGCCUCAAGUGGUGAUGGAGAAUACUUUGUAGAUCAUUGGAACCAUGGAAACACCCUUGAAAACCGCAAUGACCUUCAAGACAGCCACUUUAAACAAGAAUACGUGCCAAAAAUAUCAAAAUAAUCAUCAAAAUACCCAUUAUAAUCGCAGUGGAAGCGCGUCAGGAGUGCAGGUGCAGAGCGUGAAGGUGCCGCAGCCCGGAGUGGCGGGACGGUCAGCACGACUAGAAUGCCUGUGGAGGGCGGGCAACCGAGGCUUCUACUCCGUGCGCUGGUACAAGAAUGACGAACAGUUCUACAGCUACGUGCCCAAGAACAAGCCGCAGAUAAAGGUGGACCACCAUCUACAGGGCGUCAGUGUGGAGCUGUCCAAGUCCGACGAGCGUGUGGUGAGCCUGAGGGAGCUGCACCUGGAUUCAGAGGGCGUGUACCGCUGUGAGGUGAUGAGCGAGAGUCCUUACUUUGAGUCCUCCUUCGCCUCGACCAAUCUCACUGUGGUGGCCAUGCCCGCCGCGCCCAUCUUGUCCGGGCUGAGACCAAGUUACCGUGUGGGCGAGACUCUCAACGUUACUUGCACUGCUGAAGACGCCCGCCCACCAGCGCGCCUCACAUUCACCAUGAACAACGAACAGCUAACGGCUGAGUCAGGGCGGGUGCACACGCUGCCAGUGGAGGAGGGCAGCAGGCCGGGCGUGUACACCACCAGGGCAGUGCUGGAGCGGCCCCUGGGCAGUAGGAUGGUGCCGUCGCUGAAUCUGGUGUGCCGCGCCGAAGUACACUCAAUCUCCACUCAGGUCGCUGCCAACGUGGAGGUGUACGGCCACUCAGGCUCCGCGCCACUCUCCCUCCUCAACACGGGUUGCGGGCCAUCUCCAGCCUUCCCCGCCCUGCUGCUGCUGCUGCCACCUCUGCUCACCUGCCUCACACACCUGCUGCUGGCCACCAGAUGAUAGGCACGCCAACACCUGCCCACACCUGCCCCCACACAUCCACACACUUCCCCUCAACACCCAUUAGAAGUAACACAGUCCCUCUCCUCCACCUCCUCCCCCCUAUGAGCACACACAUACACACAUACUAGUGCACACACACACACACACACACACACACACACACACACACACACACACACACACACACA